AUACGAUUUUAUUACUUAUAAUAUUACUACAAUUAUUGACUAAAUAAUAUGAUUAAGAUUACGUAUACUUGUAUACUUGUACAUAUAAUCAAAAAAUGACUAUUGACGGGCGAUAGGGCUGUUGCCAAUAAUUUCACGCCUGGAACAACGUGUGAUAUGCUGAAUUAUUAAUGGUCGGGUGAUUUCUUUGCAUAGGUAGGUUGAUAGGAGGUAAGAGUAAUAUUAUUUUAUAGAAUUAGCCAGCUUAUGUGUGAUUUUGUCAGUUUUUUCACUACCGCUAACGACAUGGAUACCUCGUGUAGUGCUAUAGUACUUAUCUUGUUUUCUUUGGUACAUGUGCUUUAUGUUAUACACGCUGAUUCAUUUUUAACUCUUGGAAUCAAUGACUGCUUUGAAAGAGUUUCCAUUGGAAAACGAUUAAAUGCUUCAGAUGUGACUAAAAUCCUAAAAACUACUAAUUUAGUACAGUGUAGCAUAGAAUGUGAACGUAGCUUAUGUAAUGUGUACAGCUUUGGAGUGAGCCUAAAUGGGAAUAGUACUUGUCUAUUAGGAGCAGAUUUGCCAAAAUCAAGACCGUACGAUGAUCCGGAGUACGAUCUUUUUAUGAAAAUUUUGCAAUGUCGUGAUAGAACAAUAUGUUUUUCAAAACUCGUUGGUGCUCGUCGUUUGGCUGACAAACAUAUUCAAAGAAUAAUGCCGGUCAAAUCUAAGCAUGAUUGUGAGUUAUUUUGUCAAUACGAAAAAGAAUUUCAGUGUCAAGGAUUUAAUUUUAAGUAUGAUACGAAUUUAAAUUCCUAUAGUAGUUGUCAGUUAACUUCAAUACCCACAGCGAAACUUGAUCUAUCUUUAGAUUUUCAUUCAGACAUCGAUUAUGAUUUUUACGAAAAAAAUGUUAACGCUUCUCCGAGUUGCCGAUUUUUAGAUUUUUCUGUACCCCAUAAUUACGGACAAAAUCGCAAAUGGGGUUUAAUUGCUGCCGACCAGGACGAUAGUUUGUGGCAAGAUCCAAACCUCUUAUGGCUCCAGAAAAAUGAUGUAAGCGGUGGAUAUGGCAAUGAUCCCGUUUAUUAUGAAAGGGGAACUAUCAAACCAAUUUUGGGAGGUCUAGACAUAAAUUCUAAUGUCUAUUCGACACUUUUACCCAAACCGGAAACUCAACCUUUAUCCCCAAAUGAGUGUUUUGUUAAAGUUAGGACAGGACAUCAUCUACAGAGAAAUAAUGUCAUUAAAACUGUGAAUGCCUUAUCACUUUAUAACUGUGAAACGAAUUGUGCUAAUGAACAAACUUUCAUUUGUAACAUUUUUAGUUACAGAUAUAGCUUUACACCUUUAAUGGAUAAUUGUCAAUUAGGAGAUAAGUUUAUAAGACAAUUAGACGUAUAUCAAGAUUUGGUUCCAGAUAGAGAUAGUGACGUAUUCGUUAGAAAUGAACUUAGUCAACCAGGUUGUCAACCUACAAGAAGUUGGGACACGGAUUGCUUUGAACGUAUUCGCAGUGGCUUAACUUUUCAAGUUAAAAUUAUAAAAUUUUCAGUUCAGGCAGAAAAUUUACACGAGUGUGAAUUAAUGUGUCUUCAUGUAAAACAUUUCACAUGUAGGCUAUUUAGCUUUCGACACGGAUCCGUUGGUACUGAUAAAUGGACGGAUAAUUGUUUCUUAACUGAUUAUUCGAUGGGAGAAAUGGAUCCUGUAAAACAUUUUAUCGAAGAUAAUGAAUGCGAUAUCUUUAACCGAGGCAGCUUUGGUCGAGGAUGUGAAUUUAACAAGGGAUCACCAGACUUAUGGUCUCCGACAUUUAUAAGUCAAAAUGUACCGCCACCAGUUUUUACUACAUACAGCCCUCCUCAUCAACCAUCUAUAAUUACAACUACUUAUACACCUAUAUAUAAACAACUUCCUCCUUUAAAUCAAUUCAACCCAAGUUAUGGGCCUCCUUCAAGUUCAGAUUACGGUCCUCCUAAUUAUCCAAUAGCUCCGACAUUACCGACGACGUAUAGUACAACUACUCGACCUAUAAUUGAUACAUCAACAAAAUCAGGUACUUAUGUACCAUCAAUGCCACCCACUACGUAUUUUCAGAUACCUGGAGAAUAUACUCCUGUGUUUCAUCGGCCUCUAGACAAAGUGCCAACAUUAAAAGUACCUAUUGGUGAUAGUAACUUAUAUGGAAAAAAUCCUCAAGUACCCCAAUUAUAUGGACCAGCGAAAAAAAUGUGUUAUAUUAGCUAUGGUAGUACAGCAAGACUUUUACCUCCAGCUAUUAAGAAAUCAAUGAUAGUCAGUUCAGAAAUGCAAUGUAAGAUGGAAUGUAAUAAUGCCCGAGAAAAUGCUUAUUUUCGAUGCUCCACUAUCAGCUACUUUGACGGAUUUUGCGAUAUGAGUGAUAUAGAAAUGAGAGAUUUAAAACCUAACCAAGAUUACAGUCCUGAUCAACGGUUUAUACUACACACGUGGGAUUUCAGUGAAGUUCGCUGUUAUAUUUCGCCUAAAACUAAAUAUUUAUACCCUGAUGUCUCAUCAAGUUCGAACGAAUGGACUUGGAUGAGAUUUACUGUCAAUGGUCAACCAUGCAAAUCUGGUACAUAUUGUUCACAAAAUGAUUUAGUAGGAAUUUGGUCAUGUCCUGUUGAUCAAGGAGGAUGGGAUUAUUGUUGUAGACCUGAUCAUCAUUGUGGAUAUACUGAUGGGGUCAGUUUUUCUUGGUGUUAUGUUGGUAAGCUGACUGAACAAUGGAGACCAUGUAGUGAUCAAUAUUAUCCAUCUGCAGAUAAACCUCAGAGAUGGCCGGUAAUAUACAUACAUAACACAGGUCCUCCUGUUGGAGAAAAAGUACCACAAAAAAGAACAAAUGACACUGUUCCAAGUAUUAGCAAGUCUUUGGUUGAUCAAUUUAUGUCAGUAUUUCAAUCUGAUGCAGUCAAUGCACCAAUGAAUUCAACGGAAAAAACAUUUAAUAUUACGCAUUCCAAAAAGUAUGAAGCUGCGUUAACAAAUGGGACGCCUCUUUUUCAAAUUGUUGAUGUAAUAGAUGAUAAAACUAGAAAUACUCAGUCCAUUAAACUUUAUUCAUAUGGAAAUAAUAUAGUUACUAAUAGACUGCUAAAGAGAAGGCCUUACAUUUAAAAUGAUAUUAGAUACUUGGUAUUGUUAAGUAUUUACAAAAAUUGCACAAAGAUUUUUCUUAUUUAUCUUUUUUAAUAGAACCAUUUUUGUGUGAUUUCUUUCAAAUGGGUCUGAAAGUUAAAAUUUUGUAAAUUAUUUAUUUUUAAUGUGAUCAACAAAACUAUUAAAUUUUUACUAAAUUGAGUAGGUUUUGAAUUUAUUAAUUUUAAUUGAAAUUAAGAAAUAUACAUACAAAUAAAAUAGCGAAGAAAAAAUUAUUUACAUAACUUUAACUUUAACCCUUUCAUUUUAUGGAAUAAGUAGAUGAAGUCAAUAUAAGUUGAAUGACAUACGUUUAUACCUAAUUUGUUCAUCAUAUAUUAAUAUAGGUUAUAUCAAAUUAAAAAAUAAGGUCCCUAUUAUAAACUGUAUGACUCUGACAAUGACUGAAUUUUAUUAAAAAAAUAUCAUUCAGAAAUUAUUAUAAUGUAAUAUAUUAUAUAUUAAUGUUUAAAAAUAUUGUACGUAUUGUAUUUAAAAUCUACCUCAUUUUAAUUUUUAAUUCUGACUAUUU